UUCAAUUUCACUAUUGUUCUGAUUUUAAUUUUUAGGGGAAACCAAUUCAAAUCAGUUAUCAAUCUGCCGGUGGCUGGCUUGGCUUAAACUCGGAUCAACCGAAAAUUCAAAUCUGGUAGCAGCAGCGGCAGUAGUAGUAGUAGAGGGGCAUGGCCUUUCAUGUCGCUUGCCCAAUUACAUGCCAGCGAAUCUGCUUCUGCUCCCUAGGGUUUCCCCCCGGCUUGCGGAACGAGAAGAGCCGGAAUGAGUUCCUGGAGACGGUGGCCACAAUCGAGGCCUUGCGCGCCGAUCCCAGCCUCCAUAGGCCUCGCGACUCCGGCACCGUCCAGGUCCUCGUUCCCAAGGUCGUCCCGCCCCCGCCGCCGCCCCCCCUGCCGGCCGAGGCCGCCCUCGGCGAUGGAGACGAGGUGUUGCUGUCGGCGCGGACCAAGCGCGCCGCCAUGCAGAGGAAGGCAGCCGUCGCUUCCAUGGUCGCCGAGGAUUACGCCCGGCGGUUCGAGUCCGGUGCUAUGCCGGAUGCCUCUGGAGAUCUUCCUGGAGAAGAUCAAGGUCAGUCUAAUGUCAAAGUAAUGUGCCGACUUUGCUAUUUUGGUGAAAAUGAAGGAAGUGAGAGAGCAAGGAAGAUGCUUUCUUGUAAAAGUUGUGGCAAGAAGUAUCAUAGGAGUUGUCUGAAAGCUUGGUCCCAGCAUAGAGAUUUAUUCCAUUGGAGCUCAUGGACCUGUCCCUCAUGCCGUAUUUGUGAGGUCUGCCGUAGAACUGGGGAUCAGACAAAAUUCAUGUUCUGUAAGAGGUGUGAUGGAGCAUAUCAUUGUUACUGCCAGCAUCCUCCUCACAAGAAUGUAAGCAGUGGACCUUAUUUGUGCCCUAAACACACAAGGUGUCACAGCUGUGGAUCUACUGUCCCUGGAAAUGGUCUAAGCACAAGGUGGUUUCUAGGUUAUACUUGCUGUGAUGCUUGUGGAAGGUUGUUUGUGAAAGGAAACUACUGCCCUGUUUGUUUGAAGGUUUACAGAGAUUCUGAAUCAACUCCUAUGGUUUGCUGUGAUGUUUGCCAGCGUUGGGUUCAUUGUCAAUGUGAUGGGAUCAGUGAUGAAAAAUAUUUACAGUUUCAAGUUGAUGGAAAUCUUCAGUAUGUAUGUGCAACGUGCCGUGGAGAGUGCUACCAGGUGAGGGAUCUUGAGGAUGCUGUUCAGGAGCUUUGGAGGAGAAGAGACAAAGCUGAAAGUGAUUUGAUUGCAAGCUUGAGGGCAGACGCUGGAUUGCCUACUCAAGAAGAAAUAUUUUCUAUUUCACCUUAUUCAGAUGAUGAAGACAGUGGUCCUAUAUUAAAGAAUGAGUACAGUCGAUCCUUGAAGUUUUCUCUCAAAGCGCUGGUAGAUAAAUCACCAAAGAAGACCAAAGAAUAUGGAAAGAAAUCUUCAAACAAGAAAUAUAUUAAGAAGAAGGGAUACAUUGAUCCCUCAUCAGUUGGGUACAGUGGGGAUGAUGACAAGAACGGCGAUACGCAGUCCCAUAAAAGUGGAGAACCUUUUUCUUCUCCUGUUGCUGGAAGUUUGAGUGAAGGGGUAUGCUCCAUCAAUCAUACCGGGGUCCUGAAACAUAAGUUAAUUGAUGAGGUCAGAGCUGGUAGUGAAAGUAUGAAAUCAAAAAGAAUCCAAAUUAAGGGUACUAAAACUCAUGGUAUGGGCAUUGGAGAUGACACUGGAAUGGAUACCACCAAAUCUAAGAACACAACCUCAAAAGGACCAAAGCUUGUUAUACAUUUAGGUGGACGCAAUAGAAAUGCAACUACCUCUCCUAAGUCAGAUGCUUCUAGCUAUCAAAGAGAGCAAGAAUUGACAGCUUCCAAUGGCAGUGAAGAUGCAGUUCAAGAGCAUAUGAUCAACAGGCAGUUGAUGGACAAGCAUGCUAAAUUUGGUGACAGUAAAGAUGCAAAGCUCAAAGGAAGAGAAGGAAAGUUGGUAAAGAUCAGAAAAAUUAACUCAGAUAACUCUGACAUGAACCCUAAAGUUGGCGAAGGGAAUGUGGCCAAUGGAUAUGAAUCUGUUUCUCCAGUGAAGCCACGUGUUUCACUGGGUAAAAGAACCUUUGAAGACAGUACAGUUGCUGUGGGGACUGCAACUGAAGGCCGUGGAAGAAGCGGUGGUCAGCCGUCUCUAAGGAAUAACGUGAAAGCUAGGCCAGAAGUAUUUACUGAUGGCAGUGGUGAUACGGGUUGCAUGCCUCUGGGCUCACCUCCUUUACAAAGGGAUUCUAAACCUUUGCUUAAGCUCAAGUUCAAGAAUCCUUACCAUGAGAAUCAUAGUUCUUGGACUUCUCAGGGUGAAGACGAGAAGAGUUCUGUUAAGGGCCAAAGGUCCAAAAGAAAGAGACCGGGAUCCUCGGUGGAAAAUGCUGCAGCAGCCAGAGAGGAUCAAGAUACCAGAGAGGAUCAAGAUACCUCACAGCGGUACAAAGACAAUACUAUGGAUGAAAUCAUGGACGCUAAUUGGAUACUGCAGAAGUUAGGGAAAGAUGCAAUUGGAAAGAGAGUGGAAGUUCAUCAGCCAUCUGAUAAUUCCUGGCACAAGGGAAUGGUAAAAGACGUCAGUGAAGGCGCCUCAAUCAUAUCUGUCACUCUAGAUGACGGGAGUACCAGGAACUUAGAACUCGGCAAGCAAGGGAUUCGAUUCGUUUCUCAGAAGCAAAAGCGCCGAUUUGCCUAAACCAGAACUCAGUCCUUUCAUGGGAAAUUCAGAGACCUUCCAUUUUAUACAUGGCAUACCGUAAGAAGCAGCACAAGCAUUUCCUGCCAGGGGCUUGGUGUUUCAUUGCAAGGUAUUAGAGCCUUUUUUCCACUUUUUGCUCAAAUUGCUGCUAGUUCUGCAGCCUCUCUCUCUCUCUCUCUCUUGCAAAAUUGCAGUUAGCUUUAUCUUCUGGAAACUGUACUUUGGGUUUAUCAAUUUAGGGCAAUGUUCUGGGGCAGGCAGGUAGCAUAAAGAUUUUUGCUCAAAAUCCCGGGGGCUAUCUGGGUUCUGUAAAUGCAGCGGCACCCUUUGUUUAUGCGUUAGUAUAUUUGGAUAUUGACAUUGGAAGUAUGUCCGGAUAUUGACAUUGAAGUCCUAUAAAAGCUGUUAAGAGGUACUCUUUUCUUUUGUUUCUA